CGCUUGGUCAGUCUACACCCCUACUCGUUGUUUGAUACUCGAGGCAUACGCAUUUCAAAGUACCGUCUAUACAUCAAGUCGCACCACUCGAUAGAUUUCAUUCCACUUGAACUUUUUCACUUUUUGUCUGUCUCUUCUUAUCCUUCAUAUCACUUUCGUACCGAUAUGGCUCUUCGCCAGCUGGCUCGUCCAGCCACGGUCCUUCGCCCUUCUAUCAUCUCACGUUCGGCCAUCAUCCCUCGUUUCCUACCUUCUAACAACAUCUCUCACUUCCGCACUUUCUCCAGCACUCCAUUUCGUCUCGCGGAACCUGUCAUCCCCAGUCCUCAACUACCUCCAGAGGGUCAGCUACCCCCCGGUGCGACCAUAGUAACUCCAAAGCCUUACAUACUCACUCGUUGGAGACGUUUUCUGCAAAAUUUUGGACGUAUCACUUUGAUCCUUGUCCUAGGAUCAACAGGAGCUUUCUUGUAUGUAACCAGACAAGCGACUCAUCCAGGUGAUCAACUACCCGACGAUCCCGCCAAACCUACUGUAGUCGUGCUCGGUUCAGGAUGGGGAGCAACUUCUUUCCUGAAGAACUUGGACACAGAAGAAUUUAAUGUUGUCGUUGUUUCUCCUCGAAAUUAUUUCCUUUUCACCCCUUUGUUACCUUCCGUCACUGUGGGUACACUAGAACCCCGUAGCAUCAUCCAACCUACUCGGUACAUUACCAGACACAAGAAACGCCGCGUGGCCGUGUAUGAGGCCGAGGCACAGAAUGUUGAUCCGAUCAAGAAGACUGUCACUUUCCAAGAUUUGUCUGAUAUACGCGGAGCGGCUGGGUCCGUCACUAUUCCUUACGACUACCUUGUCUAUGCGGUGGGGUGCGAGAAUCAAACGUUUGGUAUCAAGGGUGUGACUGAGCACGCUUGUUUCCUGAAAGAACUCAGUGAUGCGGACAAGAUCAGAACUAAACUUCUUGACUGUAUUGAGACUGCUGCCUUCAAGGACCAACCAGAAGCAGAAGUCGAUAGACUGAUGCACAUGAUCGUCGUUGGUGGAGGUCCUACUGGAGUUGAAUACGCUGGUGAACUACACGAUUUCCUCAUCGAUGAUCUCAAAAAGUGGUAUCCUGAAGUCGCCGACAGACUUCGUAUCACAUUAAUCGAAGCUCUCCCAAAUGUCCUCCCUGCCUUCUCCAAACAGCUUAUCCAAUACACCGAAUCCACGUUCAAAGAAAACAAGAUCGAUGUGCUCACUCGUACCAUGGUGAAGGACGUAACGGACAAAUCGGUAAUCGUGCAGGAUGCGAACAAAGAGACUCGUGAAGUCCCCUACGGUCUACUGGUUUGGGCAACAGGAAACACAUCUCGUCAAAUCACCCGAAACCUCAUGACCAAACUUCCCGCUGCUCAAACGCAAAGACGGGGUCUGUUGGUGGAUGACUAUCUCUGCAUGCUUGGCACACAGGGUAUAUACGCUCUUGGAGACUGUACCGCCACUCAGUAUGCUCCGACAGCACAGGUCGCGAGUCAAGAGGGUAUUUAUUUGGCGCAAAUGUUUUCGAAAAUUGGGCAGAAGAACAAACUUGAGCGACAACUAGCGGAACUAAGGGCCAGCCCCAACGCGGUAGCAGAGGAGGUGGAGGCAGUAGUGAAGAAACUUAAUAGAGCAAGCAAGCAGACUCCCUUCCAUUAUUCCCACCAGGGAUCUCUUGCAUACAUCGGGUCAGAAAAGGCCAUCGCUGAUCUACCCUUCUUUAAUGGCAACUUCGCUUCCGGUGGUGGAGCCGCAAUGCUCUUUUGGCGUUCCGCUUACAUCUCAACGCUAUAUUCAGUACGCAACAGAACUCUCGUGAUGGCGGACUGGGCCAAAGUGAAGCUUUUCGGGCGUGACGUGUCCCGCGAAUAAAUAUUGAAUAGACGUAAUUCGGACAAUAUAGAUACUUCUUUGCUUAAUCGGUGACUUGUCGUUCAUGCUGGAUUCUUAGCAGAGGUCAGCGGGAUAGUGAGUAAAGUAGACAUCAUCCUCUGUUGGGCUAUAGGACGCCAUGAAUCGAUCAUAGAU